AUGUACAUCGUCGCUUCCGGCUUCUUGAAAAUCACUGAUCACAACUGUGUCACAUUGAGAACCCAUAGUGAAGGUGACAUUGUUGAAGAUCGGUCCCUUGUUUGGCUUCCGCAUAAUCGCUUCAUGAACAGGCGGAAGCACAACGUCGUAUCUGUUGGAUAUUCUCAGGUGUACAUUUUGUUUCGUGAUGACUUCCUACAAGUUUUGGAAGACUAUCCAGAUUGCCGAAACAAAAUACGAAUUCACGCGGAAUGGCUGCAAUCCGAAGCAGGAGAACUGACCGAAGACGAAGUGGUAGCGGACGUCGACGAAUUCGAGGGAAGGACCCUUGAGGAGAGGCUCAUAGCCCUUCGCGGUGUUCUCUGCGUUCUGGAAAACAAUGUGAACGAGAACUACGAAAAAUUCAAGAAGAGCUCAAGCCACUUCAAACGUCGGCUAGCCGUACUGGAGCGUUAUUGUCGAGAAAUGAUAAACUGA